UUAUAUGCAUUAUAUAAUGUAGAGGCGCCGUGCUUUCACUCGCGCCAAUACCGCGCCAUGACGGUGCGCGCGCGCACGUAUCGCCCGCGACUCGCGAGAUAAAGACGCCCGCUAUCUUAUCGGCCCCGCUCUAUCGCACUGUACCGCCGCCCGCCGCCGGAACACCUAGUGAAGUGAUGUGCUCAGUGCUCACCGAAAUAGACCGUUUACAGGAAAAUCGUCCUAGCGUCGCGCGAUAACAACAGGAAAUGGGGACCAAAUCGCCGACCACCAGCGUCAAGUCGCGCGAGAUGAUCGGCACCGACCAGUUCAGCCGGCGCCGCGACGUGUUCGACAAGCACGACACCGUCUUCCUGCCGCCCCCCUCCCCCGUCUACAAGGAAGCGGAGCCAAUAAUAACCUCCAACCACGGGAUCACCACGUCUAAUUUUAAACGCAACACUCCGGGCUAUUCCAGUAUGCGUGAAACGAGGAGCGAAGGCCGCGCCUACGAAUUCCGACCGCGGAAAUACUCGGACAACUUCGCGGCCGACCACAACCAGAGCGACGACGUCGACUACCGGCAGAGCAUGAUCGACCGCACCAGGAGGCUGUCCAAGUUGCGCCGCGAGUUCCUCAACUCGACCCUACACGAGCCGGGCGCGAGCCCGCUGUCGCGAUCGGGCGUGCGAGCGUCCCUGCCCACCGGCGUCGCCGCCACCAGGUACAAGUUUGAGAAUCUGAACGUGUACAAGUUUCCGUUUGCCGAGCCCUACUCCACGCCGACCCCCGUGCGCCGGGUGCUGGUCGACCUGGGCUCGCCCGAGGACGGCACCGACGGCAAGGAGAACGGCACCAACGGCAAGGAGAACGAGGACCCGGACAAGACUAGACACCGGAGUUUGCCGGCCGAACCCCUCGGCUCGCCGAAGGUCGAUCAUCAGAAGCUCUUCGAGGAGCUGGUGAAGCGCUACUCGCCCCAGAGGAAGCCCAUCGACCGAACCCUGCCGCCCACCAGACCCAAGAUCAUCGGAUCCGUUCCAAAAUCGACCUCCAGUGCGGCGGACAGUCACUCUAGUGAACCAAAAAUCGGGGAGCAGUCCAAAUCAGAGAACGACGACGUUUUUGAAGCUAAAAAGAGUCAGGAGAAGCUCGACAGCAACGACAACAAAAUAACAGAAAACAACAAGGAUAUCAAGCCGAAUGUUGAGAUUUUGCACAACGGCAGUGCUGAUAAUACAGAGGAGGAGAAUGACCAGGUACCGGAGCUAUCGACGAUACCGAGACGGUUAAGCAGCGUCAGCAAGAAACCGCUCGAUCAAAUGAUCGAUUUGACCAUUCCAGACUUAAUACAGAAGAUGACGAAGGAAGGAGAGCAGGUAGAGAGUCAUAAAGAUGGUAAGAAAAUAAAACGGAAAAGGAGUUUCCUGGACAAGCUGUUAGGUCGCAACAAGGGAGUUAAGAGCGAUAAAUAGUCAAACAUUAGUGCGAAAUCCUCCAAAAAUAUUUUAUUGUGUGUUAUUCCAAAGUCUACGGUGAAACAGUCUUCCUAUUAUAAGUUUAAGGUAAUUUAACUAUGCAUUUUGAACCGUGGGUCAACGAAUUAAUGUAGAGUUCUAAAUCCAUUCGUUUGAACCAAGAUUGUUCGCUAGCAGGAAAUAUUAUUGUAAGGAAAAUAUGGUGUUGACCGUAUUAAACAAAUAUAGGGCACAUAAUAUUGUAUUUAUUAAAAUGUGUUUCUUUGUAUAAAAUGUAAAAUUGUAAAUACUUUGUUAUUUUUUAUUGACAAGAUUUAUGUAUUGGAGAGGAGUUUUGAAAUUUGUAUAUUUAAGUAUACGUAAUGUUAUUAUUGUAAAGAUGAAAGAUGUUUGUUUGCGUUAAGUAGGCUUGAGUACUGGAUCGAUUUUGAUGAAUUUCAACACAGAUAUAGAGUACAUGAAGGAUAUAGGCUAUUCGGCAGUGUACGGUUUCCGUUUAACGCAAGUGGUGGGCAAAAUGUUUUAUUUAAGUAAUAUAUUUGUAAAGGCGUUAGCUAACACUUCACAAUACUUAUCUUAAUGCAUUAGGUUAUCAGACAUAGAUAAGUGUUGUGCCAUACUAUCAGAAACGGCUUUCAACUUUUAUAAUACCUAAUAUUGAUGUAUGUUUUGUGAUUUUUUAUAACUUAUACACUUUUGUUAUUUUUGCUAUGGACAUAUUUGUAAGUCUCCGAUUGAUUUGUAUAAAUAAAUGGCAAUAUGUGAA